UGUAGAGAGGCAGGUGGAUGGAAGGUUAGAGACGAAGUUGGGCUCUCCUGCUUUAAGGAAAUAUACUCAAGAAAACAACCCAGGCACGUGAAUCACCAUGAAGACUGUAACGUCAGAAACGCAGCUUCUGUACACAACUGUACAGAUGUACUCAUCAACGAUGAUGAACCAGACACACAACUCAGACUGUAAUUCCCGAGCAGACUUCCAGUUUUACCUCUUCCCUGUUGUCUACACCUUGGUGAUGAUCCUGGGCCUGCCAGGCAACCUGGGAGCUCUCUGGUUCUUCCUCUUCAAGAGGAAGCAGAGGACCGCCUCAGACAUCUACCUACUCAACCUGGCCGUGGCAGACACCGCGUUCCUGUGCACUCUGCCCUUCCGCAUCCACUACCACUGGCAGCACAACGUUUGGAAGUUGGGGAAUUUUGCUUGCGUCCUCAGUGGCAUCGGCUUCCACGCAAACAUCUAUGCCAGCAUUUUCUUCAUGACCUGCAUCUGCGUAGACCGCUACGUGGCUACCGUGUACCCGCUCACCUACCUGCGCCUGCGAAACACCCGUUGCACCAUGCUUGUGAGUUCCACCUUCUGGCUUGUGUAUGCCGUUGCUUUGCUGGUCUUCUUCUUAACUGGCCCUCCAGAUAGCGAGGGGGACAGUUGCUUUGAGAACUUCAGUCAGGAGGAGUGGGAGCGUCGUCUAGGGCCCUACAGCGUACUCUGCUUGGUGUUUGGCUCGCUGCUGCCCUCGGUGGUCAUCCUGGUGUGCUACCCCCUGGUAGCGCGCCGCAUCACCCACAUUCGCUCAAGCACAGCAGGCAAAGCUCGCCGCAUCAUCUAUAUCAUCCUGGCCAUCACCUUGGUAUGCUUCUUGCCUUACCACACAGUGCACCUUCUGCAUCUACUGCGCCGCAUGAAAUACAUACAGAACUGUGCCUGGGCAGAUGCCAUCUAUAAGGCCCGUCGCAUUACCAUGGCGCUGGUGAGCUUUAACAGUUGUCUGGACCCAGUGGUGUACUACUUCAGCACCAACAACUGCAAGUGGAGCAUGCCCAGACUUAGAUGGCUGCGGCCCAACAGAACGCGUGGCAUCUACUACAUAUCAACCGACCUGUAAGCUGGAAACUUCCUCUUGGCAUCCAGCCAGCCACUUCGAUGUCUUUCUACUGCUGGGAGAAGUUGAAAAGUCAGAAGGUAGUUAAAAACCUAUAGUUACGUGGUGUUGGACGACUCUGGACUCAUGCCUGACUCGUGGCAGAGAAAGAGUGAAAGGGUAAUGGACUGAAGAAUGGCAGUUUUCCAGAGUUGGUACAGGAGCAGGAUGUCUCUGUAUAGUAUUGUUCAGGUUUCCUUAUAUACUUCUGCCGUGUUCCAAAUUACUCUGGGGCAGACUAUGUACCCUAUGGACUCAUAGGAGAUUGCUAUACAUCUCCAUUAAGGGAGCCACAUUGAUGUAAAUACAGUUGUUUGCGAACAUGGUCUAUUUUGUAAUUGAAGCACGUUAUGUCUUAUGACACCUGCUAAACCUAGAAAUGUGGAACUGAAAAAUCUGUGCCAUUUUAGACAAAUGACAAUAACAUUAUCACAUCAAGAA